CGCCCACCGAGGCGCUUGACGUUCAACCGCAGCCCCCUCUCAUUUCCACUUACGCUGGUCUCCAUUUUCUCAACCCGAUACUGAGGAGUAAAGGCAGGAAGAUUUAUAAAAAUGAAUGAAGAAUACGACGUGAUCGUCUUGGGCACCGGCCUGACUGAAUGCAUUUUAUCAGGCAUCAUGUCGGUGAAGGGGAAGAAAGUCCUGCACAUGGAUCGCAACUCCUACUACGGAGGCGAGAGUGCUUCCAUCACGCCACUGGAAGACGUUUACAAACGCUUCAACUUACCUGGCAGCCCACCUAACACCAUGGGAAAAGGUCGGGACUGGAACGUGGACCUCGUCCCAAAAUUCCUAAUGGCCAACGGUCAGCUGGUCCGCAUGCUGCUCAUCACACAGGUGACUCGUUACCUGGACUUCAAAGUGGUUGAAGGCAGCUACGUUUACAAAGGCGGAAAAAUCUACAAGGUUCCCUCCACGGAUAAGGAGGCGCUGGCGUCCAGCCUGAUGGGACUGUUUGAGAAACGGCGCUUUAAAAAUUUCCUGGUUUAUGUCGCCGACUUUGACGAGAACGACCCCAAAACCCUGAGUGGCGUGGACCCCCACAAGAUGACGAUGAGAGACCUUUUCAAAAAGUUUGGCCUGGACGAGAACACCGUGGACUUCACAGGACAUUCUCUCGCCCUGUACCGCACCGACGAAUACCUGGACGAGCCCUGCAUCACCACAAUAAACAGGAUAAAGCUCUACAGUGAGUCCUUGGCCAGAUACGGCAAGAGUCCGUACCUGUACCCGCUCUAUGGUCUGGGAGAACUGCCCCAAGGCUUCGCCAGGCUUAGCGCCAUCUAUGGGGGGACCUAUAUGUUGAAUAAGCCCAUUGAAGAAAUAGUGAUGGAGAAUGGAAAGGUGGUGGGAGUUAAAUCUGAAGGAGAGAUCGCCAGGUGCAAACAGCUGAUCUGUGACCCUUCUUAUAUAACGGAUCAUGUCAAGAAGGUGGGCAAAGUGAUCAGGGCCAUCUGCCUCCUAAAUCACCCCAUCGCCAACACCGGUGACUCCAACUCUUGCCAAAUCAUCAUCCCUCAGAAUCAGGUCAAGAGAAAGCACGACAUCUACGUGUGCAUGAUUUCCUUUGCUCACAACGUAGCAGCAGAAGGUAAAUACAUCGCCAUCGCCAGCACCACGGUGGAGACGAAUGACCCCGAGAGUGAGAUCAAACCAGCCCUGGACCUGCUGCUGCCCAUCGAGCAGAAGUUCAUCAGCAUCAGCGACCUGUAUGAGCCCACCGACACCGGCACUGACAGCCAGAUUUUCAUCUCGCGCUCCUACGACGCCACCACCCACUUUGAGACCACCUGCGAUGACAUCAAGGACAUCUAUCGCAGAAUGACAGGCACAGACUUUGACUUUGCUGAGAUGGAGCGCAAGAAGCAGGACAUCUUUGGCGACGCUGCCGAGUAGAAGCCCCGCCCCCCCGCUUUCACCUCCCCACAUCAAAGAUAGAGCUGCUGAUAAUGGAAAUCUUACAAAAAAAAAAAAAUUAUAGAAAACUUAACAGGAUAUGUGCGCAUCAAAGGGCUGGCUGGUCUUUGAUGUCAGCCCUCUGAGGAGAAUCAAAGGCUAAUGUAGUACUGUUGACGUGGUUCAGGGAGAAUCGUCCUCAUUUCAUCCAGGAAAGAUGUUUAGUUCAAGGAUGCCAAAUAAAAUCAGUCAUUAUCAG